CUCGCCCGGGGCCCGCGCCGCCGCCGCCGCCUCCUCCGCCGCCUCCCUCGCCUCUCUCCUGCCUCCUCCGCCUCCGCCUCAGCCAUGGCCCAGCAGCAGGUGAGCAGCUCCCAAAAGGCGCUGAUGCUGGAGCUGAAGGGGCUGCAGGAGGAGCCCGUGGAGGGCUUCCGCAUCACCCUGGUCGACGAGUCCGACCUCUACAACUGGGAGGUGGCCAUCUUCGGGCCCCCCAACACCCUCUACGAGGGCGGAUACUUCAAGGCUCAUAUUAAAUUUCCUAUGGACUAUCCGUAUUCACCUCCUACCUUCAGAUUCCUGACCAAAAUGUGGCAUCCCAACAUUUAUGAGAAUGGAGAUGUAUGUAUUUCAAUCCUUCACCCACCUGUAGAUGACCCUCAAAGUGGAGAGCUGCCAUCGGAAAGGUGGAACCCAACCCAGAAUGUCAGGACUAUCCUACUGAGUGUAAUCUCCUUGCUUAAUGAGCCCAACACCUUCUCUCCGGCAAAUGUGGAUGCUUCGGUCAUGUUCAGGAAAUGGCGGGACAGCAAAGGAAAAGACAAAGAAUAUGCUGAAAUCAUUCGGAAACAAGUCCAGGCAACCAAGGCAGAAGCCGAAAAGGAUGGUGUGAAGGUUCCCACCACUUUGGCGGAGUACUGCAUCAAAACUAAAGUGCCUUCCAAUGACAACAGCUCAGAUUUGCUUUAUGACGACUUGUACGAUGAUGAUAUCGAUGACGAAGAUGAGGAAGAGGAGGAGGAUGCCGAUUGUUAUGACGACGAUGAUUCUGGCAACGAGGAGUCGUGACCUGGCCCCACUCCCCCGCCCCGUCCUGCCCCCCGUACUGUCCUGCCUGUUUUGCCAGAGGGGAGCAGCAGUCUCCUAGUGACAGUUCAGCAAAAAAUAUAUAUACACACACAUGCACAGGGGUGGGGAAGACACCAACUCAACUUGCGUCUCCUGCUUUCUCCUGUCGUACGGAUCUCGAUAUCUCACCCCAACCCUCCUUUGGGCCUCCUUGUGAGAAAGCCCUUUGCAGAAUGUCUCUGUUCUUGCAUUCUUUCCUGUCCCAUCACUGUAGUCUGAUUUCCCCUCUUUCUUUUCUUUUUUCUUCCUUCCUUCCUUCCUUCCUUCCUUUUUUAAACUAUGCUUCUCCCUCCCUCAUCGUUCUGCUCUACCGCCCUCCCCUGCCUGCCUUUCAGGGGCAUUCACAAGAUGAGGAAAAAAAUAGGUUUGCUCUGUGUUUAGAUUCUUGAAUUAAACACAGUCUUUCAUCAAGAUGUUUAAUGUAUUUAAACGCCGGAGACUGUGCGGGGCGCUCCCUGCCAGCUGCACUUGAUACAUGGACAGCAGCAGCAACAACAACAACACAAGCCAACUUGGCUGCAGAGCCCAACCCCAGGCUUUGCUGCUCCAUUGACAAUGAUUGCGUGCACACUUGUUUUGCCUUGUGGUGGUGCUGGUAGUGGUUUUUUCUCCUUCCUUUCUUCCUUCCUUCCUUCCUUUCUUUUUUUUUUUUUCCCCCGUUUCCUUUCCUUUUUUUUCACGGCGUUGGGCAGAGCUUGAGCUCCUGUAUACUGAGCUUGACAAGACAUGGUGCUGAAAGGUCCAGUAUUCCAUUUCAGUUCUGCUGAGCGCCUGUGGGUUGCUGGGUUGGCUAGGGAGGGUGGGGGGUUAGGGUAUGAGGAUGGCCCUUGUGAAAGUGGGGAGGUGAGCUUAAACCGCCACCCUUCGUAGGCUCAACAGACACUUUGGAGGGUAGAGAAGGGUGGCUGUCUUGUGAUAAUGAACCUUACAAUAAAUACUUCAAAACAUGCUGCAUCCUGUUCCUACUGAGCCCUUUCAGUCAUGAGUAUGGCAAGCUUUGGUCUCAUAGAGUAGCCGCCUAUAGUUCCAGCAGGUUUCCUGGAGACUCUUCUAGGGGUGUGGGUUGGGUUCGGUUGUGGCUGCUUUCCUUCAAGUAGCCCCAUGCUUGGCUGCUGCUUUCGGCUCCUGAACUUGGUGCAAUGCGUAAGCCUGCUGCAGAGCUGUCACAUCAACCCCUCAUUGCUAGGAGCUGAAUGGCUGAAGGUGGCAUUAUUGGCUGCUGUGCCAUGCAGGAAGGAGAUCUCUUCCUUAGCAAGAGGCUGCUUUCCACCCUGGUGGGUUGCAUUUCCCUUGGCAAAAAGGGUCUCUUAGGUCAUGCCAGAACUGGAGGAGAACUCCUUAAGAGUGUGAGUAUGCCUGUUCCCACCCAGAACCAGAAGGCCACUUUGAAUUUUCAGGGGAGAAGAAACUGGCAGGCAGCCUCUGUAGUGUAUUGCCUCUGCUGUGUGUAAUGGAGUUGAUGGGUGUGAUGUAGUAGCAUCUGUGGCUGUUUCCAUGUCUAGUGGCUGAAAGCAGGGGUAGAGGGAGUGCUAUGGCUUGUGGCCUUCAAAGAGGGUGGUGGUGGUGGUGGUGGUAUGAGCUUCACCUCCAUUUUCUUCAGCAGUAAAGCAUUGUGCUUGCCCUCUGGUAGAAUGUGUUAAGCUCCUGGGCCAGAUCUCAGUUCCCCUUUGUGUCUUUCUAAGGGAGGAGAGGCUGUGAGAGGAAAUGUGUCGGAAGGAGCUGAGUCAGUAGCAGAAACCAGGUGGCUAUGACGGUGGCAAUGUGCUCUCACAUGCAGUCUAGGUUGCAGCCUUCUGUAUGUUGGCAUUUACAGCUGGUGUCGCUCACCCCUGUCUGUGUGGGCCAGCUUUAUCCUGACCAACCAGUCCAAAGGAGAAAGUACUCAAGCGGCAAUGUAGACAUCCCAGAAUGCCACAGGCAUCUUCUGUGUGUCGGGAAACUUAACAGUUAACCCAAGGAGGCCAGUCAUUCUUUUGGUGUCAAGAUCCAGUCUUCUCAGAUUUUCAUUGCAACCGUGCGAGGCCAUGUGUCUUCGCCUUCCUUCUCCAUAUAAGGUUACUGAAAAGAAAUUGGAUACUAAAAACAUGGGGAUUGGAGUGGAUUGCCAGGAUUUGUAGAGAAAUGCUUCUUUCCCAGCUGGCUCUGCUUUGUAUGUUAAUUCAGACGGGCUGUUAGCGUAUGAAAAGGGUCCAUGAGAAGAUGGGGAUCUGUCGUAGGCACCAUGGUCAUUUCUCCUGCAGAGGAUGGGGGAAACAAACAAAAGUCAUUCCCCUUGAAUAGUGUUCUAGCUAGCAGGGGGUUCGCCAGUCCUGAACAGAGGGGUGAAAGGGAGCCCAUUUGUGCUCUUAGUUCAGCCUGAAAUGAAGAUACUGCGUCUCUCAGCGCCUUUUCCCUCGUACCUUAACCAUGUUCACUGUAUGCUCUCCAGUGACUUGUAUUCUCAAGCUUGGUGGUGUGAGAUGCAUUAUUAUACCUCUGUCCUCCUCUUGUGGUAACUCUUUUUUGGGGGGCAGGUGUCAGGAAGACCUCUCUGCUGAGCCUAGCGAACUCCCCAAGACACGAUGGCUGCCAGUCGACUUGCUGGUUCCCUCUUCUCGAGAUCCAACCAACCUCUUGAAAUGCAACUAUCAAGCUAGUUAAGUGAUUGAGGACACAUAUUUACGUGAGCUCUUCUACAGCCUGGUUCUUUCUCCUAUUCCACCAAUUUCUGCGUUUACAUUUCUGAUUGGAAAAAAAAAACACAAAACCAGUUCAGAUGCAGUUCCUAAUACAGUACUUUGAAACCAACAGGGAGCACUAGAAUUCUAUGGCUGUUUUCUCUUUCAGCGCUGGGAUCUUGGGUGUUUUUCUCCUCUUUCUCUCUCUCUCCCUUUCCCCUGUUGAUGCAACUUACCAGACCAGGUUAACUAAUGCAUUUUUUUCUUUUGUGUUGUCUCCUCCUCCUUUGGUAAUUUAGUUUUGGUUUUUUUCUGCACAUCUGUCUACUAAUAAAAUGUAGAAUAAAACACA